AUGGCGCGCGGGCGGGGCGCGCUGCAAGCUGCCCCGCUGCCGGCCGCGGCCCCUGCAAGCGGCACAGCGGAGGACCCAUUGGGCGCAGCGGCUCACUCGAGGCCGCAGCAACCUGGGCAGGCCGUAAGGCGGCUCGCGGCGCCGCCGCGGCCGCAGUCGCUGGAGGCUGACGUCCCGCACGUGCAGCAUCUGCAGGAGCGCAGCCAACGCGCGGUGGCGCAGGGCGGCGGGGCGCCGGCCUGGGUAGAGCCGUGGGUGGCGCCGCCACGCGUGCAGCAGCCGGACCAGCAGCAGCAGCAGCAGCAGCCGCGCCGCCAACCCGCCGCUGCUGCACGCACUGCCCUUGCCGGCGGCAAGCGGCGACUCGAAGCAGAGACAGCGGCUGGGUUGCCGGGGGCGAUCGACGCGCCGCGCAAGCUGCAAGCGGUGGUGGCAGCAGCUGCUGGCAGGGUUGCAGGAGGCCGCGGCUGGCAGGCUGCGCCCGCGGCACCAGCAACUGCGGCCGUGGUGGGCCGGCCGCAUGGCGGCAGCCGCGGCGGCUCGGAGGCGGCGGCCGGGCCGCGGUCGCCGGCCGCGGCGUCGGCGCACGGCCACUCGCAGCUUGAGGCCGACGACACGCAGCACACGGCCGCCCCCACCCCCACAAUAUCGCGCCGCUCGUGGCCCGGCGCCAACCCUUUGUCAGGCCUGCUUGGCGCCGCGCAGGGCCUGCUGGCGCCCCCACCCGGCCCCGCCGCCCCUGUGGCGCCCCAGGUGGACGCGCCGCCGCCCUCGCGCCGACUGCCCCCCACGCGCGCCCUCAGCGCAGCGCCGCCGGCGCCUGCCGCCGCCCACCGGCCGCAUGACGGCCUCAGCGCCGUGCGGUUCGUGGUGCUGCCGCACCUGGCCCCUGCUGACACGCAGCACCCUGCCAACCCACUCGCCGCGGUGGCGGCCGGCGCUAUGGCGCUCCUGCGCAGCUUGUCGGGCCAGCAGCAGCAGCUGCUGCUGCAGCAGCCAAUCGGCGGCGGCGGCGGCGCGCGCGCGCAGCUGCGCGGCGUCGACGCGUUGGUGGUGGCCGUCGACACCGACGCAGCCCUGCUCGGCGACGGCGCCGCCGCCGCGCCCGUCGCGCGCGCGGCCUUGGGCUCGGGCCUGCCGGCGGUCGCGCUGCUGCUGCGCGCGGCGACGGGCGCGCCGCAGCAGGUGUGGGAGGAGGCGCAGGUGCGGCUGUCCGAGCUGCUGGGCGGCACGAUGCCGGUUGCCCCCUUGGAUGUCAAUGGCAUCAUGGAUAACGAGGCCGGCGCAGCGGACUUGGCGGCGGGGCACCCCCGUGCCAGCCCUGUCGCGGCAAGGUGGGAGCCUGCGCUCGCGGCGCUGCCAAGCGGGCGGCGCGCGGCGCUGCGCGGGCAGGUCGCAGCGGCACGCGCGGCGCUGCAAACGGCGCUGACGCGAGGGGACGCGGAUUGGGCGAUACCGCUGCAGCGCUCCAAGCUGUGA